AUGCCGAUGGUAACGGGUGCCUUAGCCAAGGCGCCGUGUCUCAGCUGCCGAGGUGACAAGCGCAAGCCAGUAUGCAAGCGUUGUGAAGGCAAGGGCCUAAAGUGCAUUCCUGCACUACGAAAAACGGUCUUUCGGCAUGGAUCAACGGCCAAUUUCGAUGCACAAUUUGCUGGAGAUCAGCCAUGGGUCAAUAGUGAGCCCAAAAACUGGAAGUCCAUGAAGGAUUUCUUAGACACGCCAUCUGCCGUGUCCACGCGGUCAGUGGAAGAGUCGAUCGUGACGACCGGCAUCGUGUCAGCAUCUAGCGGAAAUGGCUCUUCCGGAUACUCACCUCUUAGGCACUUCCAUUCAAAUCAUGAUCAUGACCUAAAUGCUAAGCCGUCCGAGGUUGACGAGAACCACAAGCGGUGCAGACUGAAUGAACCCAUUUCCAUCGGUGGCUUUCUGGCAGAGUCUGGUACCGUCCAGGUUGAGGGCAUGUUCGAACCCAUGCCUACUCACCCCGAUGGGCAGAGGAGUGGAUCUGAAGACCGAGGGUUGACUCUAGACCGAAAUACCGACGUUCCAACCUCUUUCAACACCCUAGGCUCGAGUGACUGCUUAUGGGAAUCUGCCACCAGCGAUCAGGAGGCCUGCCUUUUGCGAUAUUUCAUCGAAGAACUAUCACCUUGGUUCGAUCACUGUGAUGAACAAAAACAUUUCCAGCUCGUCGUUCCUCGCCGAGCGCAGUCUUGUCCCGUACUUCGACAUGCUGUUUUGGCCGUCUCGUCUCGUCAUUUGAGCCGUCUUCCACAAUAUAAUACCCCUAGGGGCAUUAUUUAUCGUGGACAGCUACUACCCGAUCUGCAAAAGUCGACUGCAGUGGAGUAUAUGCUGCGCUGUAUCCCCGACCUCGAAAAUAUCAUAGCAGCUACGGUUAUCCUCCGCCAAUACGAGGAGCUUGAAGAAGAGAUGGAGGAGUGCGAAAUUGUGCUAGAUUCUCCGUCUCGUGGACGAGUCAAUUUUUUGGUCAUCACUCAGAAAAUUAUAGACGCAAUCUUCUCCGCUCCGCUGAAUCGAUCUCUUGCCACUGCAUCCUACUGGAUCGCGAUUCGGCAAGAGGUAUACUAUGCUCUGACUCGAGAGAGGGCCCCGACUCUGCGGAUUGACGACGCUUGCUGGCACCAGGCUUCAGUCGCCAACACUUUGAUCGUGUUUGCUGGCCAGGUUGCCCAGUGGCACUGGGGUCAGAGGCUAUCGGAAGAAUGGACAAGGCUCAGGUCACAGCAGCAACAGCUGGAAUGCAAGUACAUAGAGGAGCUCAAACCUCUUCUUUAUCAAAAAGCAGAUCGAUCCAAAGGUCACAUCUUUCCGACGGUCUGGUAUUUCUUUGACUCUCAGGUUACUGGGGUGCAGCAUUUGGAAUUGGCCAAAAUGAUCUUGAUUGCUGCAAGCCCGCAUCUCAGAAAUGGAACCCGCGCGGCCCAUCGCAAAGCCGAGGCACUGGUCCGGUCGAGUGUGCUCAAACUCUGUGGAAUUUCCUUGAAUCGCCCACAAUGUCAGCCAGCGUUGAUCAAUGCAGUGAUUGCAAUUACGCUUUAUGGGGAUUUUUCGGUGAACAGGAAGAGCGAGACGCAUUGA